CACGCCCAUUGUGAUGGCGGAAAAAUAUAAAUAAAAGUAAAUAAAAAGGCAUAAAGUAGGACGUGCAUAUUGAAAAGAAAUAAGAAGAAACAUGGCAAAGUAAAAAAAAAAUGAGAUUGGAGUCUGCAAGUUUAUGAUCAUUCAACAUGAGACGAUCUGCCGCACCUAGCCAAACAGCUGCUGGAAAUCCACUGAAACGCACCAAAUUCUCUGCCCCUCUUUUACCAGCAUUGAAAAGUGACCAUGGCAGUAUUAUUCCCAGUUCACAAAAUAUUCAGAACUUAAACAUGUUAGACACACAUUCAAAAACUUGUGAUGUUCAGUAUAUCAGCCCAACCAAACACAAUGAAACUUUUGUGCCACCAACAGGAAACAGUUUAGGGUAUAGAAGCAUUGACAUAAUCUCAAACAGUGUAACAACAUCCAUUCACAAAAACACUUCUACAAACUGGCAACCAAAAGUUUCUAAUAGUUUAAAAGAUGGAAAUGUUGACAGACAUGAACAGCAACCUUUCUCCACGAUAAGACCAGUUGCAACCCACCACACUAUCCACUCAAACCUCAAAGAAAAUAUGAAACUGACCCCAGCCAAACACAAAACUACAGACCAGUCAGCUGCAGUGAGUCAGCUAGCUACAACAGGAGCCAGCUAUUUUAGUGUUGUUUGGUGCAAACUCUCAAAGAAGAAACACAAAACAUGGGAAGGUGACGCUAUAUUGGUGACUUCUGGGAAGUCCGUGACACUGUAUGAUACCGAGGGAAAAGUGAUAGCCAAAGGCAGUGGGUAUAAGGCUGCUGUUCUAGAUGCUUUGGAACCUGAUGGAACUCUUGUUGUGGGAGGUAAAGAAGUGCAGAUUCUGUCAGUUUUGGCAGAAGACAAGUUUAAAUCUGGCCAGUGUUUUUUGUCCACACAAGCUGAACAAACAUGCGAUGUUAGCACCAAGUCAACCAAGCUAGGUGCUUCAAAACCUUUCAUCAGCCCUUUGAUGCAUUCCAACAACAGCAGCCUCAAAGCCCAAGCUGAGUCUGUUGAAACACUGAAGGUGUGCCCUAGACAUGAGCCCACCACACCUGGAGCACUGGUCAUGCCACGCCCCAGCCCUGAACACCAGUGGAAACACAAUAAACAAGGCCUGCCUAUAGUGGACGUUGUAGUUGACCCUUACCUCUCAUCCUAUCUCAGACAACAUCAAAGGGAAGGAGUUCUCUUUUUGUACGAAUGCAUUAUGGGAAUGAGGAAUUAUGAAGGGCUUGGAGCAAUUCUUGCAGAUGACAUGGGACUUGGUAAAACACUUCAAUGUAUAGCUCUCAUUUGGACACUGUUAAAGCAAGGUCCAUACGGAGGGAAACCUGUGCUGAAGAAAGUUUUGAUAGUCACACCUGGAAGUUUGGUCAAAAACUGGUACGAGGAGUUUAAGAAAUGGCUGGGCACAGAGAGGCUGAAUGUCUAUGCUGUCAGUACUGAUCACAGGGCUGAUGAUUUUGUCAAGUCCAGAAUUCACCCUGUGCUGGUCAUCUCGUAUGAGAUGCUGGUCAGGUCCUACCAGCUGAUUGAAGAGCUGGCGUUUGACUUGGUCAUUUGUGAUGAGGGACACAGGCUAAAGAACACAGCCACCAGAACUACAGCACUGAUGAUGAACCUAGCAUGCCAAAGAAGAGUUGUAUUGACAGGAACACCAGUACAGAAUGACCUACAAGAGUUCUACACACUGGUCAACUUCUGUAACCCGGGUGUGUUGGGCACCAGUGCAUCCUUUAGCCGCGUGUAUGAGGACACAAUCCUAGCGUCCCGCCAGCCCAACGCCACACCAGAACAAGAGGAGCUUGGUGCUGAGAGGUCGCAGGAACUGGCCAGGCUCACACAAAUGUUCCUGCUGAGGAGAACACAGGAGAUGAAUCAGGACUUUUUACCCCCUAAAGUGGAACUAGUUCUCUUCUGCCGACCUUCACCCCUUCAGCUGUUGCUGUACAAACACCUGAUCCAGUCCAAAGUGGUCAGCCAGUUGAUGUCCAGCAGGCAAGUGGCCGGCUCACCACACCUGGUCUGUAUUGGCGCCCUCAAGCAGUUGUGUAACCACCCAGCUCUCAUAUUCAACAAGAUCAGCCAGCCAUCAGACCAGCAGAACUCCCUCUAUGAUGGUGUCUCCGCCUACUUGCCUGAAAAUUUUGAAGUGAGUGUUGAGGAUUCUGGGAAACUUCAUGUCCUGUCUGCCCUACUCUCUAGUAUCUGGCACGACACAGCACAAGAGAAGGUGGUGCUGGCCUCUAGUCACACUAAGACCCUGGAUCUGCUUCAAGAGUUCUUCAGGACGUCUGGCUACAGUUUUGUCCGUCUAGACGGCCAGACACCAACCAACCAGAGGCAGGAUUUGGUCAACAAGUUCAACAACCAGUACUCUAACCACAGAAUUUUCCUUCUGAGUACCAAGGCUGGGGGGGUAGGGCUCAACCUGAUUGGUGCCUCCAGGCUUAUACUCUACGAUAUUGACUGGAAUCCUGCUAAUGACCUACAGGCCAUGGCGCGUGUUUGGAGAGAUGGCCAGAAGAGGAGGGUACACAUCUAUAGGCUGUUGACUACAGGGACAAUAGAAGAAAAAAUUUACCAGCGUCAGAUAACAAAACAGGGACUCAGUGGGGCUGUCAUGGACAAUGAAAAGAUGACCAGUGUCCAGUUCUCCCCAGAGGAUCUCAAGGACCUAUUUUCAUUGGACGAGACCACUGAGUGCUACACCCACUCAAAGCUUGGAUGUUUGUGUCAUGGUGACCCCACACACGUUAAGGAAAUCCAGCUGGAAAAAUCUGCUGAAGAAAGGCAAUGUCAACUAGGCCAAACUAACAAACAGAACCAGACAAGUAAUUUAAGCAUGGCUGAAUUGUAUCACUGGAACCAUUGGAAGGGGCAUCUAGCAACAGACAUAAAGAAUUGGUGUUUAAGUCAAGUGGAUGAAACAUUGUCUUUUGUAUUGUGGCAAGAGGCAUCAGCAAAGUAGAUUGUUAUUUGGGUUUCAUACUUUUUGUAAUAAAUGCAUUGUAUUUU